UGAACUUAGGAGUUCGAGGUUGCAGAGAGCUAUGAUUGUGCCACUGCACUUUAGCCUGGGUGACACAGCAAGACCCUGUCUCUUAAAAAAUAAAAAAGUGCAUGAAUUCGGGUCCUCUAAGCAGACACUAGGAUGAGAUUAGACAUGCUAGAAAUUUAGAGGCAACCCUUGUGAAGGACAACACCUGGGAAGGGAGCUGGUGAAGUCAGGAAGAGGCAUGGGCAGUGAUGCAGAUCAGCUCCUGUGAAUGUUUGGGCAGCAAGUCUCCGACUGCAGGGCAGUCCCAACAAAGGUUUGGCCAGGCCCUCAAGCAAACACUGCCUGUUAGAGGAGUCCCAUGUCUCACUAAAUCAUUGCCUAGGAGCAGUGAGGCCACAGAAGGGCUGCGGAAAGUUGUGGCUUCCCCUGGAUAGUGGAUCUAGAGGGACAGCUACUGGAGGCCCUUUAUCAAUUACGUUUUCCCAGCAGGAGAUCUGACUGGCACAUAUGUUACAUGGGUAUGUGGUAAAAAAUUCAAACAGUACAGUAAAAAUCCUCUUUCUCAUCUUAAAUCUUCUCUUGUCCAGUUCUGCUCCCUAGAGAUAACCAUUGGGCUUCUGUGUUGGCAGGGACCCUGGUAGCUAAUGUCAGAAGAAAGUGACUCUCUGAGAACGAGCCCUUCUGUGGCCUCACUCUCUGAAAAUGAGCUGCUGCCACCACCUGAGCCUCCGGGCUACGUGUGCUCACUGACAGAAGAACUGGUCACGAAAGCCCGGGAAGAGCUGCAGGAAAAGCCGGAAUGGAGACUUCGAGAUGUGCAGGCCCUUCGUGACAUGGUGCGGAAGGAGUACCCGAACCUGAGCACUUCCCUUGACGACGCCUUCCUGCUGCGCUUCCUCCGAGCCCGCAAGUUUGAUUACGACCGGGCCCUGCAGCUCCUCAUCAACUACCACAGCUGUAGGAGAAGCUGGCCCGAAGUCUUCAAUAACUUGAAGCCAUCAGCCUUAAAAGAUGUCCUUGCUUCUGGGUUCCUCACCGUGCUGCCCCACACUGACCCCAGGGGCUGCCAUGUCGUCUGCAUCCGCCCAGACAGAUGGAUACCGAGCAACUAUCCAAUUACCGAAAACAUCCGAGCCAUAUACUUGACCUUAGAAAAACUCAUUCAGUCUGAAGAAACCCAGGUGAAUGGAAUUGUAAUUCUUGCAGACUACAAAGGAGUGAGUUUAUCAAAAGCAUCUCACUUUGGCCCUUUUAUAGCCAAAAAGGUGAUUGGCAUCCUCCAGGAUGGUUUCCCCAUUCGGAUAAAAGCAGUCCAUGUUGUGAAUGAACCUCGAAUAUUUAAAGGCAUUUUUGCCAUCAUAAAACCAUUUCUAAAGGAGAAAAUAGCAAACAGAUUCUUCCUCCAUGGGUCUGACUUGAACUCUCUCCACGCAAACCUUCCAAGAAGCAUUCUCCCCAAGGAGUAUGGGGGCACGGCUGGGGAGCUGGACACUGCCACCUGGAAUGCGGUGCUGCUAGCUUCAGAAGACGAUUUUGUGAAAGAGUUCUGCCAACCUGUCCCUGCCUGUGACAGCAUCCUGGGCCAGACGCUGCUGCCUGAGGGCCUGGCCUCAGAUGCACAGUGUGACGACUCCUUGCGAGCUGCGAAGUCACAGCUGUACUCCUGCUACUAGCCCGUCCCCCAGGGUCACCAUCUUUAAUUCUUUUCCUUCUUUUCUUUGGAGAGGCACAAGGAGAAUUUAAGGGGCCAAGGAUUCAGUCUUGCUCCUUGUAAUUAAACUGCAGGAUGGAGGAACAGCCUGUGAAAUAUGAGGGUGAGCCCAUUUUGGGGUAAGCCUUUGGUUACUUGAAUUACUCCAUGGAAGACAUGGAAAAUGUCCCCACUGAUUCUUAAACAUUUGGAAUCCCAGUCUGCAACUAUUAAUCUGGAGGCUGUAUCUGUUUUGUUUUGCUUUUUGGUUGCGGGGUGGUGAUCUGGUUCUUACACAUCUUGGAAGCAAGAAAAAUUAGGACCAGAGUCACUUUGAUCCCACUUUUCCAGGAGAAAAACAACUUGUUUGGCCAGUGAGAACUACUUGUAUGAAAUAAUUUGGCCAAACCUGCAGUGUGACCAAACGUGAGACUGGGAGUUUAUUUUUCACAGGAACCCUAAGUACAGACCUCUGCUGCUCAUCAGGAAACUUACUGGAGAUCAAGGCCCCAGCUGCUGUCACUGGAUUUGGAAAGCACCUUAACUGAAUCAUGCAAGCAUCAGGACAUAAGCAGCACUUUGUGGUCAAAUGUGGAAGCCGGAGACUUCAAAGCACCUCUGGGACCCAUUGGAUGAAGCUUGCAAUAGAAACUUAAGUUUUCCCAAAUCCAUAAAGCCUUAGCCCUGGUUCUCAAUAGAAUCAUACAGGGACCUAGCAGGAAAUGAUUUUACUCAACCUAAAAUGCUGGAUUCCAGGCCCGUGUAGCUACAAGAAUUCUGGCCUGGAUCCCAGGUGUGCAACUAUGGACAAGACAUGGGCCUCUGUAGGCCUCAACCUUCUCCGCUAUAAAAUAAGGCUGGAUGAAAUGUCAGCUAGGGCUGUUUUGGCUGCUGAGGCUGUGGGAUUUGGUUUAGUUACUGAACGUUAGAUUUGCUGCCUAGGAAGAUAAGUAGAUAUAAGUGGUUGGAUCCUGCUUUUGUUUGUGGUACACAUGUCUUUCCGAGAGAGAUGUGUCACUAGCCCUGUCUUUAAAGAAACUAUUAUAUGUAUUCCUGGGACUCACUGACACCAAUUUUCUUUUUAUAGUGAUGGUUAAAUUUGGAAAAUAUGGCUUUUGUUUGAGGCCAGAAAAGGUGACCAGGAUCUUGUAUGAUGAAUUCCUUCCAUCCCUGAGACUCUGGUACUAUAUUGUAAACCUAGCUACAGUGGUUAAUUAGCUUAAAUUUUGGUCUCUGGGCCAGGUGUGGUGGCUCACGCCUGUAAGCCCAGUACUUUGGGAGGCCAAGGUGGGCGGAUCACAAGGUCAGGAGUUCAAGACCAGCCUGGCCAAGAUGGUGAAGCCCUAUCUGUACUAAAAAUACAAAAAUUAGCUGGGCGUGGUGACUGGUGCCUGCAGUCCCAGCUACUGGAGAGGCUGAGGCAGAAGAAUCACCUGAAUCCAGGAGGCAGAAGUGGCAGUGAGCCAAGAUUACGCCACUGCACUCUAGCCUAGGUGACAGAGCAAGACUCCACCUCAAAAAAAACAAAAAAAAAAAUUUUGGUCUCUGGAAAUGAACACAAGUGCAGAUUAUUGCUGGGUCACUUCUGGGCUCCCCCGCCCUCCCAGCCCCACUUGAGUUUCUCUCUUUGGUGUGGGUGAACCAGUCAGCCUGAAUGUUCUGCAUUUCAGCACUUUAGAACCUCCCUGCUAAGAUUUUAGUCUUAGCCCAAACAUCAAAUUAGAUGGUUCACAUGAUGGCUUUUGACCUAUUUCCUUUCUAAUGUAUUCCACAUGAUCAUGGUGUUAAAUAGUGAAAAGUACUGUGUGUUGUGUGUGCACCUCCUCCAUGCAUCUGUUAGACUAACCAGUCAAGGCGGACAGCUCAGUUAGGGAGAAAACAACACUCUGAAAUUUGAAGGCCAGUCUGUUGUUACUUAGCUGUUCAUCUCUACCACCUUUUUAAAUGUCUGGAGAAGUUGUUGGUGGAAAUUAAUUUACUUUACUUCAUUAAUAGCAAUUCUAGAGGAAGUUCUUUUCACCAUGGAUAGUAACCCUGGAUCCUCUAGGGUCCUGGCUGAGCUGGAAGUGCCAAAAAGCACUCCUGGCUGCUUCUAAUUCCAUCUGACGAUGAUGUGACCAGCACUGCUGAAAAGGCCCAAGUAGGGCAAGUGGGAUGGCUAAAGGAGGGGGUUCAGAACCUGGUGGCCUGGAUGGGAGAAUUGGGUGGAGGCUUUCCUAGGUCCCAAGAAGGAAGACAGAUAAACAAAACAAAAACUAGGUAAAGAGGAAUGAAUCACUCAGCCCUGUUGUUUCAAUUCUACACUGCAUUCCUGGCCAGUCGCAUUUGUUUUAAUGUAGGCAUGGCCAAAGCUCUCCUAGAGAAUUAUCUCGAAGACCAGAAGUGAUUUGGAGAGGCCUAUUUCUUAGGUUUUUCCAGUUGGACAAGGAAGGAGUGGUUUCACUCAGCUUCUAGGAGUUGGAGCCUAAGUUUAUCUGCCUCCAGGAGCUGCUUGCUUUGUUUUGGCUCCAAAGAGAUAUCAAAUAGUUUUGACACCUCAGGAAGCUUGAACCAAGCCGUAAAACCAAGACUUCCCUGGGUGAAAAUCAAGGUGGUCUCCUUGUGGCUUCACCAGGGUGUUUGCGUCACAUUGUCUCAGCAGGGUGGGGAAUGACCAGGGAGGGAGCACGGUGAGCCUUACUCAGCACUGGGGAGCACACUGGUGAGGCAAACACAUGAACCUCAAGAACUGGGAAUAUGUUCCUUCAGGGAGAAGUUAUGGCCCAUUGCACAAACACUUGGAAAUUAACUUUUCCCUAAAUUCAAGGUAGCGUGGUGUCGGAAGGAAAUGGGACAGUAAAUUAGGAGACGCAGGCUCCAUCUUUACCUUACUACGUGCCCUUGGGUGAGCUGCUUAACAUCCCUGAGUGAUUCUGUGAUAGAGAUCUAUACUCCAAACUUUAUUCCUGAUAUCUGGUUGGCUUCACUGCCACAGAGACACUGUACUCUCUCUUUGUAGAAGCUUUUUUCCUUUUUUUCCCCCCUCAAUUGGCUUGUUAUUUAGGAAAUUUAGGUCUGAAUGAAUUGGUACCUAAAAGCUUCCAAAUGUAUCUAUACAUUUCAGAAUAUGGGAAUUUUCUUCCUCUUCUUCCCCCAUAUCCCAACAUGGAAUUCUGGAAAAUUGUGCCUCUUCCCCUGUUCUCCCUUCAUGGGGGAGAGACUGGAUGAAAUCUACAGAAACAGCCAAAAGUGCCACCCUGGCUUCAUGUCUUGAGUUUCCAACUUGCUCUUGGCAAAGGUUGCUUUAUUUUUUAAUUUUUUUUCCUUGCAUUUUCUUUUUUAUUCUAUUGCUGCUGCAAAAAUUAAGGCAAAAGUAGCUUUAGAUCUUUCAUAUUUCAUCCUGGUUUCACAAGGAGUCACUUACUUAGGAGAUCUAUAAGUCAGGUUACAAGACCGGGCGGGGUGGCUCACACCUGUAAUCCCAACACUUUGGGAGGCCAAGGCAGGUGGAUCACCUUAAGUCAGGAGUUUGAGACCAGCCUGGCCAACAUGGUAAAACCCCGUCUCUACUAAAAAUACAAAAAAAUCAGCUGAGCAUGGUGGCGGGCGCCUGUAAUCCCAGCUAUUUGGGAGGCAGAGGCAAGAGAAUCACUUAAACCCAGGUGGCGGAGGUUGCAGUGAGCCAAGAUCGUGCCACUGCACUCCAGCCUGGAUGACAAGUGAAACUCCAUCUCAAAAAAAAAUAAAUAAAAGUAAAAAUUUUAAAAUCAGGUUACAAAACACAAUUUUCCCAGAAAUAUGACAGUAAGAGGCAUUUCUCUAAAUACUGUUUGACUCUCAGAUCAAUCAUGGGAUUUUUUUUCAUUUGGGUAGCAAAAGCUAGAGUACUGCUGUGGUGAUUAUAAUACCUUUUAAAAGUUUUACCAUUUUAAAGUUGCCAACAUUUAAGGUUUUCCUUUGAAGCCUCGUUUAAUUUAGGUAGUAAAAUGUUAGCUAAACCGAUUAUAUACUAUAUACCAUAUCUCCUGUGGCCAUGAGAGGUGUGGAGAUACCGAACAGAAACAUGUCUACUGUUCAGGAAAGAUGUUGGUUCUGGUAACACCUCUCCGUAUUGGGAUCUGUUAAUUUUGUAAAUCUAAAUUCUUCUGCUCUUGGCCAGGUCUGGUAGCUCAUGCCCUGUAAUCCCAGAACUUUGGGAGGCUGAAGGGGGCGUAUCAUUUGAGGUCAGGAGUUUGAGACCAGCCUGGCCAACAUAGUGAAACCCCAUCUCUACUAAAAAGUACAAAAAUUAGCUGGGUGUGGUGGUGCGUGCCUGUAAUCCCAGCUACUUGGGAGGCUGAGGCAGGAGAGUCACUUGAACCUGGGAGGCAGCAAUUACAGUAAGCCAAGAUGGUGCCAAUGCACCCCAGCCUGGGUGACAAAGCAAUACUCCGUCUCAAAUAAAUAAAUUCAUUCUUCUGCUCUUCUAACUUGGAGAAAUGGUUUGCUUAAAAUGCUAGUAACAAACAUCAGAACCAAUAGGAGCUUGGUUCAUGGAAAGGAUCAAUGUGAUUUGUGGAUGGAGAUGCUAGUGAUGAAACUCCUGCUUCAUGAAGCUGUUUUUCAUCUCACUGGGCAGCAGGUUUAGUGAGGCAGUGAGAUGCUGCUGCUGUGGAUUCUUGUGGCUAUGCCUCAGCUUCUUGGCCUAUCAGGUAGGAACUUGUUACAAGUGAAAUAUCUGAAACCUCUCUGACCAAAAGCCUCUGAUGGAAUGGGAGGUGAGCUGAUUUUCUGACCAGCUUGGGGCACCGUUUCAGCCACUGGUCACAUUCCUUGCUUCAAACUGAAAUUCAGUUUGGCUUUGAGCAUAGGGAUACAUUGUGGAUUCAUGUACUUCAGUGUUUGUUUUGACCAAAGUUUAUUUUUCUAAGUGCAUUUUCUAAGUCAAAGUGGUGAAAAUAGGUAAUUUUAGUAUGCAUGACUGGGUCUGAAACAAUAAAAAUCUCUGAAAAGUUAAAUGUG